UGAGCGCUAUGGUGAGACCGAGAUAACGAACACCUUUACCGACGGAGGCUCCUAGACCUGUGGGAACCCGUAGAAUAGCCGGGCCACGCGUGGAUCGCAUGUCGAGUGGCGGGUCUCGGUACGCCCUCUCCUGAAAGGGCCUUUUCCUGGACUUCUCAAUCUCAAUCUCGCAAAAACCCUCACGGCCUUACUGAAUCUGAGUAGGCUCCCCUUCUCCGGCCCAGAUUAAGCGCCCGAAGCGAAACACCCCAAACAAGGAUCUUAUCUACGGGUGUAGGGCCGCGCAAGUUCGUCACCGUUAAGAUGUUUGUCCCUCGAAAACAAUCCCCGGCCGGUGGCGAGGCUGAGUGAUAAGGUGUGUCUCAUCGUCGUUGAAGCUUCACGCUGUGUUCCGGUGAAUCCGGCGCCUUUCUACGCCCCACCAGGGGCCUGUGGUUAUCGGCGGUUGCGGACAGGCAGGCACGAUAAGAUAAGCAGAUAAGAGGGCGGCCGUGGUUAAUGCUGCCGGAUUUUUCGACCGAAUGGAUGGGACAACGGGGCCCAUCAACACUGGCCAGCAAAAACUUCACAAACAGGUAGUAGAAACACACACUAGAGGCGUGGUGCGACCUCAACACCCCACGAUGCUGAGACAGUCGCCAGCGCAUCAGACCACAUACAGCAACAGAGACGUUUCCGUUUCCGUCCAGUGUUGAACACCCGCUACCAGCAGCAGUUUCAGUGUGCGUGUGUUUGUUUUGUGUGUAGUUCCGGCCAGGUCUCCAAUAUCCGCUACAGCCGACUACUACACCCACACACACACCCCCCAGACGCCUGGUAGGUAGGCAACAAUUAUGUAACACGCAUCCGUAUCCCGGGGGUCAACGACACACUCGCGCACGGCAGUCACCGGCCGUUUCCGGUGCGCCAUAAUGGAGGCGUUCAUCAACGAGAUGGUAGAGCCGCGCGUCUUCGAUCUGAUCGUGCUGAUACUGCCGAAAUGGAAGCUGCUGCUGUACAUCUUCCUGAUGAAUAUAGUGAUCUUUACGCCGGUGUACGUGUUCGGUGCGCUUGCCAGCAAUGAGCCGGAGCUGGAGCUCAUCUGUCCGCCGGUCAUGCUGAUCGGCUUCAAUCUGGUGCAUCGGGCCACCUUUCGGUACAGCAACGAACGGAACACCCGCUCACUGUUGCUCGGUAUCGCCAUCCUCAGUCUCGGAAUCUCAACCAGCGGCAUGAUCGCCAUGCUGUGUACGCCCCACUACGUACUGCUGGUGCUACUGUACAGUGUCGUUGGAGGGUUCGGCUACCAGCUGGUGUUCUCGCGCAUGUGGAAGCUACUGGCGAAGAUCUUUAACGCUCGCAAGGAGAUGUUUGUGAUCAAGUUUUUGCAUUCGUGCGGUCAAGCCACCAGUCUGCUACUGCUGCUCAUCUGCUUUCAAGUGCCCUGGGAGGGCUACAUCUACGGUGUACUGCUUGUGCUCCUGACCGGCGUUGUGCUACAUCUCGUCCCGCUCACGAUACUGAUCGCGGGCGAGAAGGGACGCUUGCGCAGCGAUCUGGAUGCGUUGGUACAGCUCACCGAGAAAGGCAACGAGUCGUACUAUGCGCACGUUGCAACGCGUGCCCUCCCGGAGGUAAAGUCUGAGCAGCCAGCAAUCAACCCACCAACAGCUAUCCCCACAUCAACCCUGCCACUGACGUGGAAGAAUCCAGCCAACUUUAGCACCACGCACGACGAAGACGACGAGGAACCUGACCAGGAGUUGGGGAUCAACUCACACCUCUCGCCGAUGGAUGACUACGCGUACAGAGAGUACGAGGAGUCGCUGCUGAACCGCCCGGAGGGCAAAUGCUACAACCAGGACGGUGUCGAGAUACUGGAGAUGAUUCUAGAGGAGGAUGAAUCCACUGUGGAGGACGCGUGUGAACAGCCGAACGCACCAGGAACGGUGGACAGUGGUACGGACUCGGACACCGGUUCGAACGCAACGCCCAUGGCGACUGGCAAAUGGCGCUGGUUAGGUCAGCUAUGUGACGCGUUUGUCGAUGGCUACCGAGCGCUAGAUCUUGACUUUCGGCCAACGAUCAAUCGGCGGCUGGUUGCGUCCACGCGCAGUGCGCUCAGUGAUUGGCGGUGUUGUAGUUGCGCCCUGCUCAAAGCAACCGACACCAGCAUCUUCGUGCUGUUUCUGUGCAUACUGCCACGCUUGAACGUGCACUACUACCAGCAGCAGACCCGAGCCCGGCACAUGACACUGCUGGCGGUGAUUGUGAUAGCGUCGGUGUGGGCCGUUGCCUCCUUUCUGCUGCUCUGCUGCGAGCUACGGUUCCGGAAGCUGCACGAACGGCUGCUCGUGUUUGGGCUGUUCUUCCAGGCGUUCGGGUACUUCUGUGUGUACACGAUCCGGUCGAACUUUUGGACGUUUGCCGGCUGUAUGCUGAUCGGCAUUGGGCACUCGCUUACCUGCGCUUACCAGGAAGCGGUCAUCAAGCAACAGCUCGGGCAGCAUCGCUUGGAUGUAGAGUUGCUUCGGCGAAGUGUUCCCUUGGUGGAGGAGGCCCCUUGAACAACAUCAAAAAAAUGGAACGAAGAAGUUCCUUGGACGAAGAGUUCCCUAGGCAAACAAAGUCCUUUGAACGACAAGGUCUUCUAGAGUAGACGAGGUCUCAUGUAUCAUUAAGAUUUGAUGGACGAAGGAGUUUCUUGGACGAAGAGAUUCCUCGGUAAAUGAGGCCCCUUGGACAACAAGGUCUCUUAGAAGACGAGGCCUUAUGUCUUGGUAAGGCUUCUUGGGUGAUGGUCCUCUGUGCAUAGAGGACCUUGAGAUGACAAGGUCUCUUAGAAGACGAGGGCCCUUUUGAUUGAUAACGUCCCUUGGAUGUAGAGUUCCUGGGCGAUGAGUUCCCUUGGUAGACUAGGCAACUUGGACGACAAGGCCUUAUGUCUUGGUAAAGCUUCUUGGGUGAUGAUGUCUCUUGCCAUACGAGAAUUUUAGACGACUUCUUCUUCCUUAGCACUACAACCUCGAGAGGUCUCGGCCUGCCAUUUCUGGCUUUCUGUGACUUAAUUUUACCCGUAGUAAAGUAGUCAGCCUUACGUACGGGGAGGUGGUCUGGAUGGGAUUUGAUCCCCGGCCCCGACAGCAUGGAACUUUAAGACGACAGCAGGCUCUUAGUAGACGGAGCCUCAUAUCUCCAUAAAGAUACUCGGGCGAGUCCUCUUUGUGCGAAGAGGACGUUGAGAUGAAAAGGUCUCUUAGUAGACGAGGGUCCCUUUGAUUGAUAACGUCUCUUGGAUGUAGAGUUCCUUCGGCGAAGUGUUCCCUUGGUGGAGGAGGCCCCUUGAACAACAACAAAAAUAUUGAACGAAGAAGUUCCUUUGAACGACAAGGUGUUGUGGAGUAGACGAGGUAUCAUGCAUUGGAAAGAUUUGUUGGACGAAGGAUUUUUUGGGCGAAGAGAUUCCUGGAUAGAUGAGACCCCGUGUACAACAAAAAGUUUCUUGGACGAAGAGUUCCCUAGGUAGACGAGGCCCCUUAAAAGACAUGGUCUCUUGGUAGACGAGGCCGCUUGAAUAACAAAAAGGUUCUUGGACGAAGAAGUUCAUAUCUCAUAUCUCGGUAAAGAUUCUCGGGGGAGUCCUUUCUGUGUGAAGAAAACCUUGAGAUGAAAACGUCUCUUAGUAGACGAGGGCUCCUUUCAUUGGUAACGUCCCUUGGAUGUAGAGUUCCUGGGCGAUGAGUUCCCUUGGUAGACGAGGCCCCUUGAACAGCAAAAAAUUUAUUGAACGAAGAAGUUCCUUGCACGAAGAGUUUCCUAGGUAGACGAGGCCCCUUGAACCACGUGGAAUUCUAGAGUAGACAAAGUCUCAUGUAGCGGAAAGAUUUCUUGGUCGAAGGGGUUUCUUGGACGAAAAGAUUCAAUGAUAGAUGAGCCCUCUGGAACGGCAAGGUCUCGUAGUAGACGAGGCCUUAUGUAUUCGUAGGGAUUCUUGGACGAUGAGGUCUCUUCCCAUACGACCGGGUCUCUUAAUAGACGGGAGGUCCCAUUUUUGGUUCGAUGGAGUUCCCUUGCUAGGCGAGGACCCAUGUUUCGUGAGCUCACACAUGCUCCACUUCAACUCACACGGCUCUUACUGGUGGUCAUUCAUUGUUGCUGCCAUUCACAUGCGUUCCCGGAACAUUAAACUAUAACGAAACGAUAAGCUUCUCUAAAUCACCUACGAAUAAAGAGAGAUAGAGAGAAAGAGGAAAAUAAAGGUAAAAAACACAGACAAGAGCUAAGGAGAAAGAGA